GCCAAAGUGCCACGUUGGGCCCGGCUGCUGCGUGGGGAGCCGGCUCCGGGCGCCUGCCGGGACGCUAGCGCCGGGGUGCUGGCCGUUGGGCUGCGCAAGGCGCGUCGGGAAGCCAGUCGGCAGCGUGCGCUGCGGGUUGCUGUGGUGAGGCGGCGCGGCGGAGCCUGGGCGGCGGCGCGUCCCGCCUGAGGGCGGCUCUGGCUGAGGGCGGAGGGGCCGGGGAAGAGCCCGGGUCAGCGGCUGAGGCGGGACGGCGGCGGCGGGGGCCGCUGCCCCCGGAAGACCCAGCCGCGAUGCUGGCGGAAAACCUGGUGGAGGAGUUUGAGAUGAAGGAGGACGAGCCGUGGUACGACCACCAGGACCUCCAGCAAGAUCUCCAGCUUGCUGCUGAGCUUGGGAAGACAUUACUGGAUCGGAACACAGAGUUGGAGGAAUCUCUUCAGCAGAUGUAUACAACCAAUCAGGAGCAGUUACAGGAAAUAGAGUAUCUGACCAAGCAGGUGGAGCUUCUGCGGCAAAUGAAUGAACAGCACGCAAAGGUUUAUGAGCAAUUAGAUGUCACAGCAAGAGAACUGGAAGAAACAAAUCAAAAGCUAGUUGCUGACAGCAAAGCCUCACAGCAAAAGAUUCUGAGCCUGACUGAAACAAUUGAAUGCCUGCAGACCAACAUUGACCACCUCCAGAGCCAAGUGGAGGAGUUGAAGGCAUCUGGCCGAGGGAGAAGGAACCAGGGGAAGUGUGACCAGGAGAAAUCAGCACCCAGUUUCUCAUGUCUUAAAGAGCUGUAUGACCUCCGCCAACACUUUGUGUAUGAUCACGUGUUCGCGGAGAAGAUCACGUCCUUGCAAAGUCAGCAAAGCCCUGACGAGGAGGAAAACGAGCACUUGAAGAAAACAGUGACAAUGCUGCAGGCGCAGCUGAGCCUGGAGCGGCAGAAGCGGGUGACUAUGGAGGAGGAGUACGGGCUGGUGCUGAAAGAGAACAGUGAACUGGAACAGCAGCUGGGGGCCACGGAUGCCUACCGCGCACGGGCGCUGGAGUUGGAGGCUGAGGUGGCAGAGAUGCGACAGCUGUUGCAGUCAGAACACCCAUUUGUGAAUGGGGUUGAAAAGCUGGUGCCAGACUCUCUCUUUGUUGCUUUCAAAGAGCCCAGCCAGAGCCUGUUGGAGGAGAUGUUCCUGACUGUGCCGGAAGCACACAGAAAGCCUCUCAAGCGCAGUAGCAGUGAGACAAUCCUAAGCAGCUUGGCUGGGGGUGACAUCGUGAAGGGCCACGAGGAGACCUGCAUCAGGAGGGCCAAGGCUGUGAAGCAGAGGGGCAUCUCCCUCCUGCACGAAGUGGACACUCAGUAUAGUGCUCUGAAGGUGAAGUAUGAGGAGCUACUGAGGAAGUGCCAGGAGGAGCAGGACUCCCUGUCACACAAGGCUGUGCAGACGUCCAGGGCUCCAGCCAAGGACCUGGCUGGAGGGAACGCCCAGUCGGAGCUCAUCGCUGGUGGCUGGGAACUGGCCUCUGUCACCCCAGAGCCCGCCGGCUCCCCCACCACCACGACGCCUCCAGAAUACAAAGCGCUGUUUAAGGAGAUCUUUAGUUGCAUCAAGAAGACUAAGCAGGAAAUAGAUGAACAGAGAACAAAGUAUCGAUCACUCUCCUCUCAUUCUUAAAUGAACCUCUAGCUCUAUUACUAACUUGCCUAUUUCCCAUCACUUCCCUCUCCCAUUCAGACAAGUGUUCACAGACUCCAAAGCCUGAUGUUGCUCAUGACAUCUGCCUCCUUUGGGUGUUUAGUAAAUGCAUACAGUGAGGAUCAGAGGUGGCUACCGGUGUCAACUCUAUAAUCUGGUUCCAUUUAAGCUCCCCAGGAAAUCCCAUGACAAACUGGCCUCUGGCUGGUGCACUGAUUCAGCUGUGAUUCCUGAAGAACCAGUGGAGGGAAGGUCUGUAUUUCUGAAGAAGUAGGCCUGGAGGUAGCAUAGUAUGGGGAGAAAGGGCAGAAUUGGAACAAAGCUAGGGCAAUUCCUAUUGCUUGCUUGCACAACUUCUCACAACUAUAUAUAGUCAGAGGGCUGCCAAACUGAAAUCUCUUUUGCAAACACUGUUGGAUACUGUGAAUUCAUCAAGAAGAAUGUUCAGGAGAAAGCAGGGGUCUAAUCCAAACUAAAUGGCAUUAACAAAUGCUCGAAGCCCUUGAGCUUUGUUACAUCUGCUACCAUUUGAACUGUGACUGACAGGUAAUCCUAAUAUAUCUAAAUCCAACCGAAUACCAAAUUGAAAGGGGCAAGCUUUGAUUUGAUCAAAGUUAGCUUGUUAGCAUACACCCUAGAGGGCCUCCUCCCCCACAUUCAAAUAUUUUUACUCAAAGCUCUAGCUUUUAGGAUAGGUAAAUAUGUAAAUCUUUAAUCCCUUUCUCAAAUUCGAACCCCUUCCUCUCCUAUGUGUUGUCUGAGCUGGCUAACUUGCCAGCCACAAGCUGCUCUUCCUCAUUUUUACCAUUCCUGUCAGUGUUUUGGACUUGCUGUAGAAAUUCCUGUUACUACUUUAUUAAGCAGUAUUGAUGUUCUGACUGUGGAAAUAUCCUCUCCCUUGCAUACUUUUAAUUUAAAGCUAUUUAAGAAUUGAGGUUCUGAUUAAUGUAUAUAUUUUUCUAAAAACCAAAUAAAGCUGAUGAAAAUGAA